AUGGAUACUGGAAAACAAGAUAAUGGUAAACCCGAAGACGAUGAUAAUUAUGGAGAAAAUGAGCCAUACAGCCUUAGUACGCCUAACAAAAAUGACCCAAAAUGUAUUAUAUCAUUAAAAUUACUAAAAGAACUUGACAUGGAAAUAGAUAAAGCUUCCAAGACAAUCAUGGUAAAUGUUAAUGAAGAAAGAAGACGACCUCUUGGAAUGGUUACUAAAGAGUUCAUCAAGGAAGAAAUUCAAAAACAUUUAAAGUCAGGACUUAUAAGACCAUCCAAAAGUCAAUGGACUUUACCUGUGGUUGUAAUAGAAAAAAAGAAUGAGACACUUGAAGGAUCCCAAUGGUUUACUUCAUUAGAUCUUGCCAGUAGCUUUUGGCAAGUUGAAUUGGAAUCCAAAGAUAGAGAAAAGACCACUUUUAUAACCUAUUUUGGGAUAUACGAGUUCAAUGUCAUGCCUUUUAGACUCUGCAAUACUCCUGCUACAUUUCAGAGGCUAAUAAAUACUGUUCUACGUGAUAUUUUAUGGCAAUACGUAGUUGUUUAUGUUGAUGACAUCAACAUUGGUUCAAGAUCUUUCGAGAAAUACUUAUUACAUUUGGAACAA